AUGCUCCACUCCCUCUUUGUCUGCAUCUCAGGCGUAGCCGACCAGUUGCAGACCAACUUUGCUAGUGAACUUCGGGCUAUCCUGCACAUGGUGUUCCUGGUGGUGGUAUCCAAGUCCGGGACAGAGGAAGAAGCAGAGGAAGGAGGCUGUAGACUGGCUGCUCCUCUGGCAGAUUGCACCCUGUGUGUUGAAUAUGGCCGAGAAGAACCUCCUGCCUGGGUCCCAGAUCAGGCCUGUCUCCACUGCACUGCCUGUCAGACUCCCUUCAGCUUCACUCGCCGAAGGCAUCACUGCCGGAGCUGUGGGAAGAUCUUCUGUUCACGAUGCUCAUCCAGAUCAGUGCCUCUGCCUUGGUUUGGCUACAUGAAGCCUGUGCGGGUGUGUGCCCACUGCUAUGCUGCCCAUGUCAUUCCAGGCUGCUCCUGA